GAAGAAAUCGUUGAACCCGUGCCUGAAGUGCUAGAACCGUUUGUGGAACAAAAACCUGAAGAACGUGCAAGCGAAUGUAAAGUAACCAUUCGCGGUGGUCUGCCGAGCCCUCAGCCCAUCUACUUGCAAACGGAUUCUGAAGAACUCUAUCCAUACGACGACACUGGCGUCAUGGUUGUCGACACGGGCAGCAGCUUGCAAAUGUGGUGCCCAGGCCAAUUCUCAUCAAUUGCAGACACACUCAUUACCGCAACUUGCGUUAGUGGCAGCAACUUCCGAGUCAGUGGCACCACAUAUGCCUUCAAGGAAUUGGCUUGCAAAGCUUGGCCAGCAUUUGUAGCUGAAAAGACAGGCGCCUCCUGCAGUGGCGGCAUUAUGGUGCGCGUCGGCUAUAAAAUCUCAUCCAGUCGUUUCGCCCAAAAAUAUGAAGUUUGCUUCAAUGAGGAGGAAGAAGUGACACGUUAUGUACAUCACGAUCUCGAUCCUGGCAGCAACUACUACGAAACUGGUGUGGCGCGCAUCACUUUCCAGACUGCUGGCUUCUUCGAUGGCAAGCAAGUAGAUAAUUUGUACAAACAGGUCACCCAACAGGCAACUAUCGAAGCGCAGCUGGGCAAUGACGCUAGUCAAUACUUUGAUUCUAACAAGAAUGUCUAUCUGGCACGUGGUCAUAUGGCCGCCAAAGCUGACUUCGAUUACGCCUCCGGACAGCGCGCAUCUUUCUUAUUCAUCAAUGCCGCACCACAAUGGCAAGUCUUCAACGCCGGCAAUUGGGAGCGUAUCGAAGAUGGUGUACGCUCCAAGGUCGCCGCAUCUAAGUGGUACGUGGACUGCUAUACCGGCGUUUACGGUGUGACCACACUACCCAAUGCGGAUGGUGUGCAGACACCACUGUACUUGGCCUAUGAUAGCAAUAAUAACGGUCUGAUUCCUGUACCCAAACUAUAUUUCCGUAUUGUGAUUGAACGUACCAGUCAAAAGGGUAUCGUUUUCAUUGGUGUGAAUAAUCCUCAUUUGUCGUUGGAGGAAAUUCAGAAGGACUAUAUACUUUGCGCGGAUGUUGCUGAUCAAGUAGAUUAUAUCAACUGGAAACGUACCGAUCUCACGGCUGGUUAUUCAUAUGCCUGCACGGUGGAUGACUUCAAACAGAACGUGACUUACUUGCCAGAAGUUUCAGCGUCAGGUGGUUUGUUGCUGUGA